UACUAGAUCUUCGAGAAACUUAAAAAAAGAGAAUCAUAAGAAAGGUACUAGACACGAAACUCGGGGGGUUUGACUAAAACCACGGACGGAAAAAGCCAUUACACAUCAAAAUUUUAAUUUUGGGAUUGACUAAAAUUACAGAGAGGUAGCAGAGCAGGAAUGAAUGGAGGCGUCUUCUUCUUCUUCUUCUUUAGUUUCCAAAGCCAAGACAGCGCUCCAUUCUGCAGCCGCCAAGGCGGAGCGUGUAAUCGCCGAUUUUGGCAGGAACACAGAAAGUGAAACAAAAGCAGAGGUGCCGGGGACCACGGCCAUUGAUGCAACACUGGACACGCAAAAUCAAUUUGUUGAGUAUGAUGAAAGUUCACAAAAUGUGAGAUUUAGGAGUAUACCAAAGAAAGUGAGAGAGCAGGAGUUCUGGAGACGCUACUUUGCAAGAGAAGGGAAGCAGACGGUUUUAGAGAAGGAUAAGAAACAAGAUAGUUUUCUUGCACCACAAUAUCUAAAUGAAAUGUCUCUUCAAAAUGAAUCCGUGGCUUAUUUGGAGAUGGAGAGCCCACAAAAGGAUCCUGCAGAAGAAGAUGCUUAUGUUAAGGCCUUCGCUAUGGUUUCCGUUCCUUCAACAUUAGUUGUGAGACAGUUGGCCUCAGCUACUGAAAUGGGACACAGCUUUAAAUCAAUGAAGGAUUUAGCAGCACUAAAUAAAGAUUCCUUGCAAGGAAAUGACUGGUCUGUUUUUGUGCCCAGUUUUGCUUCUAUCAAAAUACUAUCCGUCCUAGACAAGGAUGAAAGGCUGAGGUCACAACAAAGUGCAGAUAGAGCAAAUCAUUCCUUGCUUUGGUCUUUAUUUGAGACAGAUAGACAAUAUUCACAGAAAAAGUGUAAUGAUGCCUCUCUUCUGUCUUCGAAGGCACACUUCCUUUCAGAUAACCAUGGGGCUCCUCCUGGCAGCUUUCUUGUUCAACUUGCUGAAAUCAUAGCAGGCAUCAAAUCUGUCCAAAAGAUGGCACUGUUUUGGUUACAAGUAGUUGGUGAGCUAAGGAAGCUAUGGGAGGAAGGACAACCAAUACCGUUGUUGCCUGUAAAUGAUAAUCCAGACUUACGAUAUUGUCUUCUACAUCAACAACUACAAGUUAUAAACUGCUGUAUUUCUAGAAAGAAGCGGCGCAUUGCUGCUCUGAAAUUGGUAGACACACGAAAUGUGCAAGAUGAUUGUAAAAGUGAAGAGCUAGCUACUUGUCCUGUUCAAGAAGCAUGGGAAGAAAAGUUGAACACAAUUGCUCCUGCUUUAUAUGCAAAAACUAAGUCGGGGAAACUUGUUCCUAGACUUGGAGUUCUUCAUGCAGCAGAAAAAUUGGUCAUGUUAGAAACUAGUGAACCUGUGUUUUCUCCUAUAACUCAGGAGGGUCCCAUAUUAACUGAAGAUUUGAUCAGAGAAACAGAGGAGCUUAUACUUCGAACUGGAAGUGUUGGGGCUGGAUGUUCUCAGCUCUUUUCUGAUAUGCAGGCAUUUAAGGCUGCCAAUCCUGGUUGCAUUUUGGAGGAUUUUGUCAGAUGGUAUUCCCCACCAGAUUGGAAAGAAGAAACCUGUAAUCUCUCUGAUGGGGCCAAUGAUAAUGAUAAAGGGUCUAGUAGGCGUGGUUAUCUAAGUAAAAGGAUGCAAGCUAAAGGCAACUUAUGGUGUGAGCUAUGGGAAUCUGCAAAACCAAUCCCCGCUGCUAAACAGACACCACUAUUUGAUGAAGAUUUGGCUGGUGAAAGCACCUUAAGCUAUUUAGAGGACAUUGCACCUUCUGAUUUGUUUGAGCAACUGUUUAUUGUCGCUUUGAGUUCUGGCUUUGCAAUUGCAGAAGCUGCACCUGCUGCCAAAAAAGAUAAUGUGUCAAGAUGGUUUAAGGAAUGCAAACAGUAUGUCAUAUCUACGUGUUGUAGAGGAAUGGAUAUAGACACUCUCGAGCAUCUUUGUGAGGUAUAUGAAACAAUGGAAGCAAUUGUAGUCCAUCCUCAUGAAGAUAUAUUCAAUGAGGUAUGUGAAUCUACAAAUGUUGAAGCUUUGGUUGCAGAAAUUCCAAAGGGGCGUCUCCAAAAAUUUGGUAUUCAUAAUGUUCAUCUCCCCAACUUUGAGAAACAUGUGUUCCGAAAAAAUUUACAGGAGAAGGAACAAAUAGACAAGGAUGAUAAUCACCAUAAUUUCUUUUCCCGUUUAAUUGAGGGGAAGAAUUCACUGUUUGGGAAGAAAUCACAAAAACCAACUUCCACAGGACAAAAUAAAAAGUUGGGGAUGUCUGAAAAUGAGUGGACAAUUCUUUAAUUACUUCAAAUUUAACUAAUUAAGUUUCACUUCCAGGAACUGUGUUUUGUUCAACCAGAAAGUCUCAUAACACUAAUAAUAAACAUGCUUACUAAUAGGAGAAAUAAUUGUAGUUUGAGUUU